GGUCACCCUGUCCCUUUAAGAGAGGGGGGAGAGCUAGCCCCUCUCGGCCAUCCUGUCCUGUCAUCCAUCCUGGCCAAAUCCGAAAGGGAAAAUGAAAGGACCAGAAGGAACAGGUCCCAGCCAUCUCCCAAGAUCCCUCGCUCAGCUCUAACACCUCAGCUCCAGCCACAGGCGCUAUGGGGGAGUGGGCGUUCCUCGGCUCGCUGCUGGACGCCGUGCAGCUGCAGUCGCCGCUCGUGGGACGCCUGUGGCUGGUGGUCAUGCUGAUCUUCCGCAUCCUGGUGCUGGCCACGGUGGGCGGCGCCGUGUUCGAGGACGAGCAGGAAGAGUUCGUGUGCAAUACGUUGCAGCCGGGCUGUCGCCAGACUUGCUACGACCGCGCCUUCCCGGUGUCCCACUACCGCUUCUGGCUCUUCCACAUCCUGCUGCUCUCGGCGCCGCCGGUGCUGUUCGUCAUCUACUCCAUGCACCAGGCCAGCAAAGAGCCGGGCGGCGCGGACGCCGAGGCCGUGCCGCCGUGUGCCCGGGGCCGCUCGGAGGGCCCGUGCGCGCCCUGCGCCCUGCGCGCCCGCCGCGCGCGCCGCUGCUACCUGCUCAGCGUAGCGAUGCGCCUGCUGGCGGAGCUGGCCUUCCUGGUGGGCCAGACGCUGCUCUAUGGCUUCCGCGUGGCCCCGCAAUUCGCGUGCGCCGGCCCGCCGUGCCCGCACACGGUGGACUGCUUCGUGAGCCGGCCCACGGAGAAGACCGUCUUCGUGAUCUUCUACUUCGCCGUGGGGCUGCUCUCGGCGCUGCUCAGCGUGGCCGAGCUGGGCCACCUGCUCUGGAAGGGCCGCCUGCGCCAAGCGGCCGAGCGCGACAACCGCUGCAACAAAGCGCAAGAGGAGGCGCAGAAGCUGCUCCCGCCGCUGCCACCGCCACCAGCCCUGCCCUCUCGGCGCCCCGGGCCCGACCCCUACGCCCCGCCUGCCUAUGCGCACCGGGCGCCGGCCGGCGACAGCGAGGGUGGCAGCGGCCGCAGCAAGGCGUCCCUGGCCACUGUCCGCCAGGACCUGGCCAUCUAGAAUUGCCUCGGGCGGAGGGUGAGGUCAGAGGCCCUACCCCACCACCCGGACCUUCACCGCAGAAGCAAGAAAUGGCUUCUGCAGACCUGUUCCCCCGACCACGCAGUGAGGGUGGCCCGCAGGGCAGCCUCCGCACUUCCCUGGUACUCCCAGCAGAGCAAGGGUAGAAUAAACUAAUGCAGGUCCUUGGUGCCAUGAUCCAGGUAGAAAGGAAGGAGGCCAGGGGAGCUGAGAGCAAGCAGAGGGCAGAGCAGAGCUCAGGUGAUAACCUGGUGGUUUCACUGGGGGAAAAACAACUGUGACACAGCAUCCGGAGGACCUCCCCUCGUUCAGACUGAGACAUGGCCCCUGUGCAAGCUCUCUGUGUAUGUGCACACAUGUACACAUAUACGACAGUGGGAGGUGUGUGCAU